AUGGGCUCGCCGUUCCUCGGAGAAACAAAACGUCUCUAUGGUUGGCUACGCGUCGUAAAACGGAAGCGCGUGAUUUUACGGCGGGGCUGCGAUUGGCUGGACCGCCGGCAAGCGUGCAAGAAGGAGGAGGAGGGCCGCCGGAAGUGGCCUGCGCGCGUGAGUCCUUGGCGGAAGAGCGGUGCGUCCACGUGGGGAGGAAGAGCGGAGCGUGCGGCGCUUAGGUGGGAGAUCCUGUUAGAGUCGGAAGGGAUCCCGAGGGUCAUCUAGCCCGACCCCCUGCAAUGCUGCUUGCAGGGGCUUGCCUCGCCUUGCAGGCGCCUGGAGCCCGUGUGGGCUGGGAGGAGGAGGGGCGGGGGUCGUGGUUGCGGCUGCAGCCUUGCUGUGCUUCUUUGCAAAGCCCCGGGUUGGGCGCCUGCUUCUGAACCUCCCUUGAACCUCCUGGCUGUUUAUGGAGCGGGAGUGUGUUGGGAAAUACGUGGCUCUUAGCUUGGGGUGUGGAACGCACUUACUUGCGAGUAAACCCCAUUCAACUCGGUGAGGCUUACUCCUAAGGCGAUGCGUGCUAUUAAAACGACCCACUUCCUCAUAUGUUGGUUUUUGCCGUUGAUUAUGAAGUCAUACUAAAUACAGUGGUACCUCAGGUUACAGACACUUCAGGUUACAGACUCCGCUAACCCAGAAAUAUUACCUCGGGUUAAGAACUUUGCUUCAGGAUGAGAACAGAAAUCGCGGCUGCAGCGGGAGGCCCCAUUAGGUAAAGUGAUAUCUCAGGUUAAGAACAGUUUCAGGAUAAGAACGGACCUCCAGAACGAAUUAAGUUCUUAACCUGAGGUACCAUUGGUUUUUUUUUUUUUGACAGGGGCAGGUUUUUGUCCCUACACCCGAAGCACUGUGGUUUGUUGUUAUUUUUUAAAGAAACACAACGAAUGUUGGAAGCACAAGAUUCAGAUCGCUUUUUGGGUUUUUCGAGGCUAGGCAGUGUCGCUGUGCACAUUUUGGGAAAUGGUGUGGGAGAAGAAAGGGAGAAGAUAAGCUUUUGAGGAAGGUAGCAGCAUCAAAAGUUUGGGGUUUAGGCUUUUGCAACACUGCCACUGCAGAGUGGUCGUUUUCCCACCCAAAAUUGCCAGGAGCCUCAAGUACCUGGUUGGGGAGGGGCCCUGGUCCCUAGGGACUAAAAAUAAUUGGUGUUACAUGGUGUUGGUUUCAAGGUUGCAUAGUUGGGACAAUUCUCUGCCCUUCAUAGAACCUUAAAACUACAGUCGUUGCAGCAGCAAAAGUCAUAUCUGAGGCUGUCUCCCUUAAUGUAAUGUCCUCUAGAUACUCUCGACUACAGUUUUCAUCACUCCUGAUCGUUGGCCUUGCAGGCUUGGGCUGAUGGGAAUCAAUAGUUCAAAACUUCUAGAGGACACCAGGAGGGAAGGCUGGUUUAAGGGCUGAAGAGUAGCUCUUAUAUAAUCGUUUAACAGUUUUCAUUACCUAAAAAUGAAAUUUUUACUAUACUGAAGAGUAAAUAACACUUCAGUAUAAGUUUAGUGUAAUAUUUAAGUUGAAAGUGGUGUAAGGAAGAUAGUGGUGGGUGAAGAAAUAGCUGUUCCCCUUCUCCCUUUUUUAAAAAUAAAAAAAACAGUACUUGCUAUAUGCCCUUUCACAACACUGAUACAAUGCCUGUGAUGAUUUGAGUAUUUAGGUAAGGUUUUGGUUCACUUUCAUGAGCCAAAUGAUAAAGUUGUACCAUUUUAAAGAAUUAUGGUUCAAGCUAAAGGUUGCUUCACUCCUUGAAUAGUACUUCAUUUCUUAAUUUCACCUUUUGUUGGAAUAAAGUUGUGUUGUAUAACGGAAUUGAAAUGUAGGGAGUCUUAUUCAUUUACCAGGUGUCUUAGACCAGGGGGCGGCAAAGUUUACCUCACCUGGGCCAGUUCACUCUAGUGAAGAUUACUCUGUGGGCUGGAGCACCUGCGCCUGCGAUUUUCUGCGUCUGCCGAGACGUAAUUUCCAGCACCACAGAAGUGAGUCCCCGCACCGUGCUGCGCCAGUUUAGUGCAGCGAGCAGGGACUCAAGUGGGUGGCUUGGUUCGGGGGCAGUUAAAUGACCCCCAUGGGCUGCUUGUGGCCCAUGGGCCUUAGGUUGCCGUCUCUUAGACUCAUGGUGGCCCUUGGCAGACUAGUACCUUCCUACUCCCUCAUUUAGUUCAUGAAUGUGGUAGACUUGCUGUCUAAAACUACAAGUACAGUGGUGCCUCGCAAGACGAAAUUAAUCCGUUCCGCGAGUCUCUUCGUCUUGCGGUUUUUUCGUCUUGCGAAGCACGGCUAUUAGCGGCUAUUAACGGCUUAGCGGCUUUAAGAAAAAGGAAACAAACUCGCAAGAACUCGCAAGACGUUUUGUCUUGCGAAGCAAGCCCAUAGGGAAAUUCGUCUUGCGGAACGACUCAAAAAACGCAAAACCCUUUCGUCUAGCGAGUUUUUCGUCUUGCGAGGCAUUCGUCUUGCGGGGCACCACUGUACAGUGGUACCUCAGAAGUCAAAUGGAAUCUGUUCUGGAAGUCUGUUCAACUUCCAAAAUGUUCAGAAAUCAAGACACGGCUUCCGAUUAGCUUCAUGAAGCUACUGCAGCCAGUUGGAGCCCCAUUAGACAUUCGGGUUCCAAAGAACGCUCACAAACCAGAACACUCACUUCCGGGUUUGCGGCAUUCGGGAGCCAAAACCAAGGUAUGACUAUCUGUUUGAUUCAUAUGCAAUAGUACCUCGGUUUUUGAGCGUCUCAGAAGCCGAACAUUUCAGAUGCCAAAAACCUGGAAGUAAAUGCUUUUGUUUUCGAACACCUCGGAAGUGGAAUGGCUUCCGCUGCAUGUUUUUCAAUUUCCUCCAUUGAAUUUGCAGCCAGCCCUUUUGUGCCUCAGUUUUUGAACAUUUUGGAAGUCAAACUUCCAGAACGGAUUACGUUCGAGAACCAGUGUACCACUGUAUUGCAGCUGCUGUGUGGAAGCCACAGGAACAGCUAAGGAAUCAAAUAUAUCUGUGCAUCUAGUUUUUGGAUGGUUGGUGCAACUGAAAUGUGAAAAAAGAUUUUUUUUUUAUGGGAGAAAAAAAUCUCUUGUUAACAGGAAUUUUAUGAGGAUUAAAUGAUUGUUUGAUUUCAAUAUCCUAAAAAACCCAAACUCAAAACCUAACGUCUUAUGCCUUCAAGGUAACUGAUCUUUUGAAAAGUAUUUUGGAUGAUGUAGAUUAAUACAUGAUGACGCUAGUGAAUGCAUGCAGUGAAAUGAAUGGCACAGGUCUAGAGUGAUUCAAGCGCUACAGAGGUAUAUAGGAGUGCUGUUGAUUUUCAUGAAUUCUUUAUUGAACAGAAGAGAGUCAUGUCGUAUCGAGGAAGAGGUGGUGGUGGAAGCUUCAAUCGUGGUGGUGGCAGCUUCAAUAGAGGUGGUGGCAGCGGCGGCUUCAGUCGAGGUGGCGGUGGCUUCAAUAGAGGUGGACGGGGUGGUGGAAGAGGUGGAUUUGGCCGUGGAGGUGGUGGACGAGGAGGUUUCAACAGAUCAUAUGACCAAGGACCUCCAGAAAGUGUAGUCAGUAAGUUACAGUCAUUUCUUAAUGUACAUGAAAUAAAACGUUUUGAUCCUGACUUUGAAUUCCUGAUCUCAAUAUGUUUCCCUUUUUUAUUUACAGUCCUGGGAGAGUUUAUGCACCCCUGUGAAGAUGACAUUGUUUGCAAAUGUGUGACUCAGGAGAGCAAAGUACCUUAUUUCAAUGCACCUGUCUAUUUAGAAAAUAAGGAACAGAUUGGGAAAGUGGAUGAAAUCUUUGGGCAGCUCAGAGACUUUGUAUCCUUUAGUUGUGUACUUUUGAAUGUUUGCAGAAGAUAAAUUACUGGCAUUUUCUCUCUCUUUAAUUUUCUAGUGUUCCAUAAUCUAGAACCUAAUUCCAGUAUAUCUUUUAAGAUUAAUCUCAGCCUUGUAUUUUAACAAUUUACCUGGUUUUCUGUAGUUCAUUCAAGCAAAUGGGCUGUUGGAGAAGGGGUGAAAUGCAACCCCACACAUUACCUUUGCACCCAGCAUAGAAACUUUUUUUGUGGUUAGCCUGUGUUUUUACUCAUGCAAGGGGCUUGUACAGAGAUGGAAUUAUAUGUCUGCCAUCCCAUCCUAUGAGUAUAAAGCAGGCUAGUAAAAAAAAAUUUUUUUGCAGGCAUAAUUUUGUCAGCUGAUUUACAAAGUUAGUUUGUUGGGAUCCCCAUUUGGUUUCUCUGUCUGUGGGGGAAGACAAAGCUUAAUGUCCACAUAGGGAUGUGUGUAAGAGCAUCUCCACCCCCAUCAUUCAGUUUGGACACUGAGAUCCAGCUCCAAGGGUCUUCUGGCAGUUCCCUCACUGCGAAAAGCAAAGCUACAGGGAACCAGGCAGAGGGCCUUCUCGGCAGUAGUGCCCUUCCUGUGGAAUGCUCUUCCAUCAGAUAUCAAAGAGAUAAUUUCUAAUAUAAAUGAUGACAAAGCUGUAAUAAGACUCAAACGUUGCUUGAGGCACUUUUCAUCCAUAUGAAAAGAAUUGGACAUGCAUUUAAUGUAAUCUUUCCUAAACAAGUCAAAUAGUAUUUUUCAGUCAAAUUGUCGGAAAACAUGAAAGCUGCUUCCUUCAAAAAGUUGCAAAAGGUAAAGUACCUAUUAACCAGCGUUUCAAAAUUCUGAACUUGGAUAAGGUGCAUGAAAGCUCUCAUACCAUGGGGUGUAUGAAGGCUUACCUUCUAAAUGCAUGUGCAGUAAGUAUUAAUGGUAUGUAAGGAGUCAUUGUGUGUAUAUGUUUGCGCAUGUGUGCACGCGCGCAUGUCUGCCAAUUGCAAAAUUAUAGUGUACACCAGGGGUUGUCAGCCUGGUCCUUACUGCCCACUAGUGAGCGUUUCUAGGUGGGUGGUAGGGGAUUCUAUGGCACAAGCUGAAUCCUCCUUCCAUUGAGCACUGGUGGGCGGUAAGGAAAUUUUACCAUCAAGAAGGAUGCAUUAGUGGGCGGCAGGUAUAAAAAGAUUGACUACCCCUGGUGUAGACCUAUUGUUAGCCUUAUUCAUUUAAACAGGUUGGACCCAGAGUUUCCCUUCCAAGAAUGGAAAGGUUCCCUUUGCGAAAGGAACUGACAGAGAUCUGGCAGAGGUUCCUGCUGGAGGAAGGGACGUUGAUUUCUGUCCAUUUUACCCACCCUUUGCACCAGCUCCCACCCUGUUUGAUAGCUGUUCUCUCCCAACCCUCCAAAGCAGUUUUUCAGGAGCCGUGGCUGCUGCAGAGCAAAGAAGGGAUUAGCAAAAAUCCCAUGAGUAGAGUUCACAUUGUGGCCCCUCUUCAUCCAAGCCAUAGGGUAUUCUUGCUGCUAAGUGACAGGGCACAUUGAGAUGAUGUUCACCUUGUUUAUUCGCUUGGAUUCAGCUACCACAACAGUCAAGCCCAACAUUUUGAGACUGGACUGGGAUCCAACAUUUUGGACCCUCUGCUGGCUUCUGCCAAUGAGCAUCCUGUCAGCAGCACUGCAUAUUUGGUGAACAGAAGGGGGAGGGCUCCAUCCACAAGCCUUAUGAGGAACGACUGAGGGAGUUGGGUAUCCUUAGCCUGGAAGAGAGCAGACUGAGAGGAGAUACGAUAUCCAUCUUCAUAUAACCAAAGGGUUGUCACAUGGAAGAUGAAGCAAGCUUGUUUUCUCCUGUUCCUGAGGCAGGAUAUUUAUUUCUUUGGUUUUAAAUAGAAGUAAAACUAUAUACGUAUGUAAUAUCAGUGUUCAAUUGCUAUUUAAUUAUUGUUUUUUCCCUAUGGUGUUACAGGUUCUUAUUCUUAUAUGUAAGGUUCCUUGAGUCCUGUCAGAGAAAAAGGCAGGAAAUAAAUAAAUAUCAUUAUGAUGCUGUGAAACUUGAUAUGUAUAGCAUAUGUUUCAGUGGGACUUGGUGAUGACUUUUCAUGGAUCAAGAAAGCAGUGCAACAUAGGGUUACAGCAACACCUAGUUCUAAUAUUAGCUGUUAAAUCUAAAGUAAACUUGCUUACUCUAACUUUUAAGUUAUAUACACAUGUAAGAAAGGUUUUGGACGAAACCUAACCUCGGCCUUUCCCUCCCCCCCCCCCGCAGUUUUAUAUCGAUCCAGCAAAAUUGCUCCCUCUGCAGAGAUUUUUGCCAAGGCCUCCAGGUGAAAAAGGACCUCCGAGAGGUGGAAGAGGAGGCCGUGGUGGAAGAGGAGGUGGCAGAGGUGGAGGUGGCAGAGGGGGAGGUAGGUAUUGUUGUCUGGAUGCAUGCAAUAAGGUGGUAGAGAUCUCUCUCUCCCCCCCCCCCCCAAUAAAAAAGUUUGAAAAUCCAGGUCUGGAAGCAAGAUGUUCCUGAUGGUUUUGGAAGUUGUACUACCUCAUUGCUGUCAUAAAAUAUACCUAUGUUUUAUUGUGCUUUUAAUUAUUUUUUAUUGUGCUUUUAAUAUUCUGUUGGGAGCCGCCCAAAGUGGCUGGGGGAAACCUAGCCAGAAGGGCCGGGUAUUAUUAAUUAAUUAAUUAAUUAAUUCAUUACCUUCUGCUUUUAUUUUCCAGGUGGUUUCAGGGGUGGCAGAGGUGGUGGAGGGUUCAGAGGAGGACGAGGUGGUGGAGGUGGCCGAGGAUUUAGAGGUAAGUAUAAUGGCAACAUUAUGGAAUUAAUUACCUAUGGUACUGUUUCUUGCAGUAUAGCUAUGCAAUAUUCAGCUACCUUUCUCUUAUUGUGACUUAGGUAAUUGUUUUAAACCUGUUUCAGAAAACGUAGGGUUUCUUGGAAAUUUAUCAAGAGCUCCUGAUCCUUACUGGAUGAUAGGUUUUCUUAAUAGUUUUUUCACAAGUACCUAUUUCCCCCCAGCAAUGUGCAACCAGAGGAGAGUGUUGGAUGUGCUCUGUGGUGCAUGUUGAGUUCAUGCACAGGGCACUGGUGAUGCUCCAAGGAUCUGGUAAGGGGUCCAGUGAAAUUCUGUACAACAUACAGCAUAACCCCGUAGUGAAUGAACAGAGGAGUCAUCUGCAGUGUGGACAGUGUUUGUUGAUGGUAAAAAGCUUUAAAACUACCAAGAGUAGAGUCAAGGUCAUUGGUAUCAUGCAUUAUUAUUAUUAUUAUUAUUUAUUUAUUGAAUUGAUAUCCGGCUCUUCCUCCCCAAGGAGCCCAGGGUGGCAAACAAUUCCAAAACAGAAGCAAAGCAAAAAUGUUUUAAACCAAUUACAGCAUUUCAAAAACAAUUACAAUGGUAAAGGUCUAAAAGCAGUUACACCUAGAAACAUACUUGAUCCAAUGAUAUUGAGGUUGGCAGCAACAAUAUUCUUCAGCCACCAAAUCCCCGGGUCAACAGAAAUGUUUUCAAAUUUGCCCUGAAAGUUUAUAAUGAUGGAGACAGGUGAGGUGCAGAGGUCCAGCUACUCCUGGAGGACAUGCUGUUGUUUGGCUAGGCGCUCCAAGCUGAGCAUAUUCUCUUACCUUAAUUUGUCAAGGCACUAACAGUUAAUUAAUAUUUAGGAAGAUGCCCAUUUUGAUGUUCCCACAUGUAGGAUGUUGCUACGUUGGGGCAUUGUAACAGCAAUACGGAAGGAGUCUUGCAAGUGUUUGUAACAGUGUUGUUACUACUGUUGGUAGUAAUCCUGCGCAAAGGCGCUUAUGGUUGUGAUGGGAAACACUUGGGAGCCCCAUUUCAUGUUACUUUUCUGGGAGAUCCUCACAUGUGAAGCUGGCCUUGGAUAGAAUACCCAGCCAAACUUCUACCAGUAAAUGGUAGAAUGUUAUCUAUAGUGCUUCAGUGGAAUGUUAAAACCACAAAUGCAGAUGUCUACGAUAUUGCAGGCACUACAACAACAACCUACCCUUUCGUUAUAAAACUUGUUGCAUUUUUCCAGGCUAGAUGGGAAUGAUGAUCUGAUUUGUGUUUUUCUUUCAAAUUAGGCAGAGGACGUUAA